AUGAGUUACUCAAAGUUGCUUCUGCUCUUGUUUGGAUUUGUAGUUCUAAUCACUCCAUCUCUCUCGGAUCAAUACCAUGGCCAACCUAAGCCGCCGAGCGCUCCCACUUACAAACCCCCUUCAGCUCCCGUCAAGAAACCACCACCCCCAAUUCACAAGCCUCCUAUGAUCAAGAAGCCAACACCACCAACACACAAACCCCCAACUCACUUACCACCACCCCAUCAUUACAAACCAAAGCCAAUCAUGCCACCCAGAGAAGUGAGGACUCCACCGCCUUAUAAGAAGCCAUCACCGAUUCUGUCUCCUCCUGUUGUGGCCAAGCCACCACCUCAACACAAGCCAGCAAUGCCGCCUAGUGGUCACAAUCCGGGAUACCCUCCAUCGAAGAACCCCGAGCACAAGCACAAGCCAGAAGGGAAGAUUAUCCCACCUCCAACUCCAUACAAGAAGCCGCCAAGAGCAUACAAACCGCCUCACAAGCCCCCAACUCCACCUAACCAUAAUUGA